AUGAUACCGCGACUCGCCCUGCUCUUCCUCGUCUUUCUUCGGGUCUCCGCCGAAGAUGAAGCCCCGAAGCCGGCUGCCGGAGGCUUGGGAUUCCUCAGCAGUUAUGCCGAUGGAAUCGUUGCUGGCGUCGCACCUCGACCAUUUCCGGAAAAAGUCAUCGAUGAUUUGUUGAUCGAUGGGAACGCGAAGAAAGAGGAGACAGUAGGUUGAUGAAGGGAGAGUUUUUUUGAGGGAAUUGGGAAUUUUUUUGGGGGAAAUUGUGAGUUUUUUAGGCAAAUUGUGAAUUUUUAGGCAGCUUGUGGACUUUGCAGGAAAAUUAUGGUUUUUUGGGAAAUUUUGGAUUUCGGGCAAAUCAAAAACGUUGAGGCAAACUGUGAUUUUUUUUGGACAGGCCGUGAAUUUUUGGGCAAAUUGUGAUUUUUUGGGCAAAUAUAAUUUUUUUGGGCGAAACGUCUUUUUUUUGGGCUAAUUGUAAAUUUUUCGGGCAAAUUGCGAUUUUUUGGGCAAAUAUAAAUUUUUUGGGCGAAACGUCUUUUUUUGGGCAAAUUGUAAAUUGUUUUGGGCAAAUUGUCAUUUUCUGGGCAAAUAUAAUUUUUUUGGGCGAAACGUCUUUUUUGGGCUAAUUGUAAUUUUUUUGGGCAAAUUUUUUUGGGCAAAUUUUGAUUUUGAAGGCGGCGAACUUUUGGAAAUUCUUGGGAAAUUAUGAACUUUUAGUCGAAUUAUGAAUUUUUGGAGAAACUUCGGAUUCUUGGUGAAAUUGGUAAGUUUUUUGGGUAAAUUGUUUUCUGAAAUUUCAAAUUCUUUUGGCGAUUUAUAAAUUUUUGAGCAUAUUAAAAUUUUGAGAUUUUUUACACUAGCCUAUUCUUUUUAUUUUCAGUACCAGCCAUAUGCCGAAACCAUUGUCCGGCUUCCCAUGGUGAUCCUCGUUGUCACAUUUGUGUUUAUUACCGGCUACAUCAUCUUCCUCUGCAUAGCGUGCUUCUGUUGUACAAGCUGGCACGGUCCGGUUGAUCGGAAACUUUUCAAAAAUUUGUUUGAUGGAAUCUUCGCAGCACUCGCUUUGAGCUUUCUUUUCUUCGCCAUCUUUGUUCUGUACGCCGGGACAGUGGCGAAUAAUCGGCUGGAUUUGGUGACACACAGAUUGGACCAUUAUACGGAGCGAGUGGACGGUUAUAUUGUGGAGAAUUGCGGGGUAGGGCAACGUGAAAACUUUUUUUUUUGUUUUUUUGGUUUUUUCUCAGAAAUUUUUUUAAAUUUUUGCGCUUUUUUCUCAGCAAUUUUUUUUUCAGAUUCUCAGAAAUAUUGCCAAGGAAGAUGCUCCUCAAAUGAUCGAGAAUGUGAAGUCCAAACUUUUAAAGAAUGUCAACGAAUUGGCCGCAAAUUUGGCAGCGAAAAUCAAAAGCCUAAUGGAUCCGCUGAUGGGAAAAGUUGAUAACUGUAAGAGUCUCUGGAAAAAGUUCCUUAUUUUGGCCACAACAACGGUACUCCGCGAACUGCGCCCAAGCUUGGGCACUUAGGAAAAAACGCUUCGACCUAGCUGGAUUACUAUGGAUUACAUUGAAUUACUAUAAUAAUAGCUUUAUAGUUUUAAGGGUACCUACGAAGGCUGUGACGACUCAUUUAGUUCCAUACGAAGGAAAUAAGUUUAGUUCCGGAAUUGUUUCAUCGUAUAGAGUGUAAAAUCACAGGCUGCAGCCGUUAUUGAAGGGUAAGGUGGUACGUAAAAAAGAAGGUACCUCACUAACUAAAUCCACUGUCCGGGCAUUGACAACGAUGAAUUGAGCGUGCACGCUAAAUUUGGGCUAAUUCCGACCAGUUUCCGCAAAGUUAUAAGUUGUGGCCAAAAUAAGGAAGUUGUACCGAGUCUCUCUUUUCAUAAUCCUCAAUACCCAAAAAUUUUAGGUGUCGCUGCGCUUGCAACUGUCUCAUCAGAAGAAGUCACUGACCUUUAUAAAUAUCUUGACGGGCUUGAGCAUAGUCCGGGAAUUGGUGGAGUUGCCGGCCCUAUUGCUAGGUCGAUUAAGGCAAGUUUAGCUCACAGGGGAAGUACUCCAAGUGCGACGCUCACAUUUUGAUGAAACUUGGCACAAAUUUAGAAUAAUUUUUUCUAAGAUAUAUGAGAGAAUUCUAGCUCGCGCUUUGCAGAAACAACCGAGAUUUUUAGGCCGAAAGUCGGCGAAAUUUUAGGACUUUUUGCCGAAUUUCGGCACGAAAAUUUUCAUGCUUUUUCUACCGUAAAGGAUAAUGUUUCUACAAAAAAUCAAGAUUUUCCGCACGGAACUGCCAAAGUUAUGGCCAAAAAGCGCUUUUCUCUCUGACCGCUCUCCACGUUUAUCGGUGGCCAGGGAAAAUCGCAAUUUGCCCAAAAUUUCCAAAUUUUGUCCGGAAAUGGAAAAUUUGCCCAACAUUUUAUAAUUUGCCCAAAAAUUGAAAAUUUGCCCACCAUUUUAUAAUUUGCCCAAAAAAUCAAAUAUUGUUCAAAAAUACAAAAUUUGUCUGAAAAUCCAUAAUUUGCCCAAGAAUACCAAAUUCCUCCAAAAAAUCCAAAACUUUCCCAAAAUUUUCCAAUUUGCCCAAAAAUACCAAAUUUCCCCGUGCUCUCUCGGCGGCGCCCGCAAAGCGCGAGCUAAAACUUUCAGGAAUUGAUAUUUUGUCCAUACUGGACGUGUGUGCAAAAUUUAAAGAAGAUCUGAGGGUCGCACUUGGAGUACCUUCCUUGUGUCUUUUGUCACUUUUUUGUCUUUGAUUUCAGAUCAACCUGGGCAGGUUGGAUGUAGACUUCCCAAAGCUGGAGCAGUUCCGAGGCCUGAACAUUCGAAAGGAUGCUGAUUCCAAGUUGGCGGAGCUGACAAACGAUAUAAAAAAGAAGAGCGAGAAGGUGUUGAACAGUAAGUUGGUAUUGGUCUUGGAAGAGUCUAGGAAUAACGGAAAUAUAUAUUUCAAAAAAAAAAAAAAAAAAACAACAAAAAAUACGCCGAGGAUAGGGCGCAGCUCGGGGAAAUUAAUUUUUAUUUUUAUUAUUUUUAUAUUUUUUCGGGUUUUAAAAAAACUAUGUAAAAUUUUGUGGAAAUUUUUUUUGUUAUUUUUUUUAUUUCAGCUUUCGAUGAUAAGUUGAAAGAAGAAUUGGAUCCCAGAUUGGUCGACGAGAGUUUCUGUGGACCAGAGAACGAGAUCACCGCAAAAAUCAAGGAGAGCGUAGCAAAGAUUCAAGAGAAGGACGUCCUGGCCUUGUUUGAUCAUCUGUAUGUUUUUUAUUAUUUUUUAGAAAUUUGAUUUUUUUUUGACUUCUUUUAUUUUUUUUGAUUUUUUACUUUUUUAAAUAUCUUUUUCUUUUUUCUUGUGUUUUGAUUUUUUGACCUUUUAUUUUUUAUUUUUUUUUUAUUUUUUAUUUUUUGUUCUUUUUCAGAUACAAUGUCAUGAUGGCCUGUGCCGUGAUUGUUUUAAUUAUUGCGGUCUUGGCCCUAUUCGCAGUUGCUGUCGGCUGCGUUCAGACAAACAGCAAGACCAAACUUUUUCCACCGAAAUGGCUGUAUCAAGGGUUAGUUUGUCCGAAAUUUUUUUUUUGUUUUAUUAAGAAAACUAUUUUUUAAUAUUUUUUUCAGCGCUCUCGGCCUUGCCUUGUUCUUCAUGAUCCCGUUGGCAACACUUGGUAGCAUCUAUUUCCUCGUCUUUGGCAUCGCCACGGACGUUGUGUGCGAUCCGUGGAGGCAUCCGGAAAGUCGACCGGAAAUGGUCGGAGCGGUCGAUAAAUUUUUGAAGAAAUUUAUCAACCAAAACCGGGAGUACGGCCUCUCGGAAAUCGUGGGAAAUGUCGAGAAUCCGUUCGCCGCCACAGUCCAACAAUGCUCGGAUGAAAUUACGAUGGUCAAGAUACUCAAGCUGACCGAUAGAUUUACGGUGGAUGAGCAUCAGAUCAGCGAUAACUUGUUUCGAAUAGAAAGGGACAUCAAGGAGAGUCUGGUGCCUGCGGAGAGCACGAAAUUUGGAACGGAGUAUUUCAAGGACUUGGAAAUGCUCAGAGAGAUUGACCAAGGAAAGGUUGAUGAUCAGGAUGUAAGUUGGGGAGGGCGUUUGCGGGUUGAAAAAGGCUUGAUUUUUACAGAAUUUUUGAAUUGUUAGGAUACUUUUAACUUGCCUAAAAAUUCAAAAUUUCCCUGAAAUUUUAAAAUUUUCCCGAAAUUUCACAAUUUGUGCGAAAAUCCAGAAUUUGCCCAAAAAUACCAAAUUUCUCCAAAAAAUUCAUAGUUUGCCCAAAAAUCCAAGAUUUCCCCAAAAUUUCAAAGUUUGCCAAAAAUUUCAAAUUUUGCCCAAGAUUUUACAAAUUUGCGGAAAAUCCAAAAUUUGCCCAAAAAAUCAAAAUUCUAUCUGAAAAUCUUAGUUGGCCAGGAAAGUCGCAAUUUGCCCAAAAUUCCCAAAUUUUGUCCGGAAAUCCAAAAUUUGCCCAACUUUUCAUAAUUUGCCCGAAAAUCCAAAAUUUGCCCAAAAGCUCAAAAAUUGUCCAAAUAUACUAAAUUUGUCCAAAAAUCCAAAAUUCGCCCAAAAAUAUCAAAUUUCUCCAAAAAAAUCAUAAUUUGCCCAAAAAACCAAAUUUCUCCCAAAAAUUCAUAGUUUGCCCAAAAAUCCAAAAUUUCCCCAAAAUAUCCCAAUUUGCCCAAAAAUGCCAAAUUUCCCCAAAAAGUUCAAAAUUUUUCCGAGAACUCAAAAUUUACCUCAGAAUCCACAUUUUUUAUGUAUUUUUUUAUGUACUCUUAUAUUUUCAGCUCGUUGCCCUCAAGGACGCACUUGGUCCCGAUUACAACAAGGACGCGGAAAAAGCGGAAGAAACGUUGAGAAAAUUGGGCAAGUUGAUCGAAACCCUCAAAGCCAAUGUGCCCGCCGAAUCCGAGGUUGACGAUUUUCGCGGUCUCUCGGAUGCCGACCGAGUCCGAUUAGUAGCCCGUCCAUUCAUCAAAACGCUACUGGAGGCGGCCCGAAAUGCGGUCGAUGAGCUGUUAUCGAGCGUCAAAUCGACCGUCGAGGGGAGGGUCGCGAAUUGUGGGAGGUUUGCGCGCAUCACCAACGACUUGCGCACUGAGGUUUGUGCUGACAUUGUGGACGUGUACAAUGUGGUUUGGCUCGGGUUCUUCCACAUUGUCCUCACGUUUGUCCCAUUCGUUGUUUUUGCCGGUCUGUUGGCAAGAAUGCACGAUGGGAAGAGGAGUAAAACCGAGCGGAAAACUAAAACAUCGGAGGUGGAAACGCUGUCGGCUUCGCCUCGGCCGGAAUGA